AGCGACAGCGGGGAGGUGGAUCUAAGAAUUUGGCUUCUUCUCUGCCAUCCUGCUCGUUCAGGAUCCAAACUUGACGGAGAAAUAACAACCAGACGGAUUUUUCCUGUGCGCUCCAGCUCUUCCUCUCAACUUUCUCCAACAACAGGUUGUCGGUCACUCUGCGACUCCUUUUGCGUGUGUCCCCCACCCCAAUUUUGUCGCCUAAUGGGGCUCAAACUGUGCCUGUCUACUUUUCCUCUCCUCACAUAAUAAUCCGUGUGCAACAUCCUGCAUCUGCCAUCGCCCGGGCAACCAGUCCUCCUGCUCUCCAUCAUUCGUCCAGGCGCGCGUCGACAGCGGAGCAAAGCUGCCUUUAUUUUGGAGGCCGUCACAACAUUCGUGUCUUUGUUUUGACUUCUUUCCAACUCGGGAAGUCCAUGUGUCGGGUUCGGAAUGCCUGUGAGACGCGGUCAUGUGGCGCUCCAGAACACCUAUUUGGACACAAUCAUCAGGAAAUUCGACGAACAAAGUCGAAAGUUUCUGAUUGCCAACGCGCAGAUGAAGGACUGCGGCAUCAUCUACUGCAAUGAAGGCUUCUGCCAGAUGUUUGGCUUCACCAGGGCUGAAAUCAUGCAGCAGCCCUGCAGCUGCCAGUUCUUGGUCGGUCCCGGCACCAUGAAGAGCGCGGUGACCCAGCUGGCACAGGCCCUGCUGGGUUCUGAGGAACGCAAGGUGGAGAUCCUCUGCUACUCCAAGGAAGGAACAUGCAUACCUUGCCGGGUGGACAUCGUUCCGGUUAAAAACGAGGAAGGCCUGGUCGUCAUGUUCAUCCUGGACUUUCAGGAGCUCAUUGAUCCGUCCCUCAAGAAGUCUGGCCUCAGACAGAGAGUUACUCAAGGAUGGCUUUACUGUCAAAACCGCAGACUGAAGACGAAACUGCCGGUCCUGCGCUCAAUGCAACGGCCUUCCCUUUCCAAAGAUCAGUUUGAAGGCGUGGUCGUGGAUUACCUGCAGCCAAACAGUGAGGAAGUUCCGCUGAAAGAGUUCAGGAUCCCGUCUAAAGAGAGCUGCAUGCAGUCUGAGACAGAGGCUCUGAUAGAGCAGGACCUGGAUCCUCCGUCUCCAGCAGCCCAUUCGGGCACUAAACGCCGCUCACUGCUGACGGACUUCCUGGACCCCAGCACCGCCUUCAACAGGGGGACUUUAACUCGAAGCUGCUCCAGGGACAGCGUCCGCAGCCUCAGACGAGCCUCGUCGCUGGAUGACAUCGAUGGGAUGAGGACCGAUUGGAACGGCCGACAAGGAGACACCCGAAACAACAGCAAUCUGAGGUCCAGCGCUCCAAACUCCACCUCCGACUCCGACCUGAUGAGACUCCGAACCGUUGGCCGCAUCCCUCAGGUCACGCUCACGUUCGGCUCCGACGGCAUGAGACCCCCCUCCCCCACCGAGAUUGAAAUCAUCGCACCCAGCAAGGUGAAGGACCGAACCCAGAACGUCACGGAGAAGGUCACUCAGGUAACCCAGGUGCUGUCUCUUGGUGCUGAUGUGCUACCAGAAUACAAACUCCAAGCCCCACGUAUCCACAAAUGGACCAUCCUCCACUACAGCCCCUUCAAAGCUGUGUGGGACUGGGUCAUUCUCCUGCUGGUCAUUUACACUGCCAUCUUCACGCCAUAUUCGGCUGCAUUUCUCCUGAAUGAGGCAGAGGAAGAACAGAGGCGGUCUUGCGGCUACACCUGCAACCCGCUCAACGUGGUGGACCUGGUGGUGGACAUCAUGUUCAUCGUGGACAUCCUCAUCAACUUCAGGACCACCUACGUGAACCACAACGAUGAAGUUGUCAGCCACCCGGGCCGCAUCGCUCAGCACUACUUCAAGGGCUGGUUCCUAAUUGACAUUGUCGCCGCCAUCCCCUUUGAUCUCCUCCUUUUCCGCUCCGGAUCACAGCAGGCAGAACCUCAGACUCAAACCACUCUCAUUGGAUUACUGAAGACAGCCCGACUGCUCAGGUUGGUGCGAGUGGCCAGGAAGCUGGACCGUUACUCGGAGUACGGAGCUGCCGUCCUUUUCCUCCUCAUGUGCACGUUUGCCCUCAUUGCCCAUUGGCUUGCCUGUAUCUGGUAUGCCAUCGGUAACAUGGAGCGCACUGGCUCCGCCCGUGUGGGCGGUAUGAAGAUUGGUUGGUUGGAUAACCUGGCCGACCAGAUUGGUAAAGAGUACAAUGACAGUGACACAAGCUCUGGGCCCUCCAUCGAGGACAAGUAUGUUACAGCUUUGUACUUCACCUUCAGCAGCCUGACCAGUGUGGGUUUUGGCAACGUUUCACCAAACACCAACCCAGAGAAGAUCUUCUCCAUCUGUGUCAUGCUCAUUGGAUCUCUGAUGUAUGCCAGCAUCUUUGGGAACGUGUCCGCCAUUAUCCAGAGACUGUACUCGGGCACGGCCCGCUACCACACGCAGAUGCUGCGGAUAAAAGAGUUCAUCCGCUUCCACCAGAUCCCGGGAGGCCUGAGACAAAGGCUAGAGGAGUAUUUUCAACACGCCUGGUCAUACACCAACGGCAUUGACAUGAACGCCGUUUUAAAGGGUUUCCCGGAGUGUCUCCAAGCCGACAUCUGCCUUCACUUGAACCGCAGCUUGCUGCACAACUGCAGCGCUUUUCACGGCGCCAAUAAAGGCUGCCUUCGAGCCCUGGCCAUGCGAUUCAGGACAACCCACGCCCCUCCUGGAGACACGCUUGUCCACAGCGGGGACAUUCUCACGGCUCUCUACUUCAUUUCCAGGGGCUCCAUAGAGAUCCUGAGGGACGAUGUUGUUGUGGCCAUACUAGGAAAAAACGACAUCUUUGGUGAACCCAUCAGUCUGUACGGGAGGCCGUCCAAAUCCAGUGCAGAUGUCAGAGCUUUAACUUACUGUGACCUCCAUAAGAUCCUGAGGGACGACCUGCUGGAGGUGCUGGACAUGUACCCCGACUUUGCUGACAUGUUCUGGAAUAAUUUGGAAAUCACUUUCAAUUUGAGAGAUGCAGAUCGAAUAAACCAGCCAGGCGGGAGCAGAGACUCUGAAUGUGGCUGCCGGCUGACGCGACAUCAGAGAAACUCCCUGCGUCGCCGCAACCAGCCGGGUGAGAGUCCUGCUUCCUCGUGUGCCCAUACCUCCAUGCUGUCAUGUAACAUCUGCAGCGUCUCUCUGCACACAGACGGGAUGGAUCACGAAGACUCUUACCCCGAUCCAUCUUGCCAGAUCGCAGUCCACCAGCGCAGCGCUCCUCGCUGGGAAGACAUCUGCACCAGUGGAAGCAUCUGCUCUCAGUCCAGUGAUGACGAAAUAGGACCGUCGCGGGCCUGUAAAGGUGGAGCGUAUCCCCGUCAUGCUGAUACCAGAGAUUACCCCCCUGCAGUGGUCGCCCUGUUGCCUCAUUCUGGACCCUCAACUGGAAUGGGAUUGUCUGCAGAUCUAGGAGGGGCUCCAUACUCUGGUGUGGAUGGAUACUGGAGAGAUGGCAGAGGAGACCAGCUGUCAGAGAGCCAGCAGCAGCGGUCCUUCAUCAAGGCCGGUUUUCAGCCCGCUGCACGCAUGACGGAUCAGUCCAGAGAGCUCGAGACCAGGCUGGAAUUGCUGCAGUCCCAGUUGAAUAGACUGGAGACCCGCAUGACCACAGAUAUCACUGUGAUCCUGCAGCUCCUCCAGCGACAAAUCCCACCAGUACCUCCUGCCUACAGCGACGUGUCCCCCAGCCUUCACUCUCCACACCCGAGCAUGCUCUACAAUGCAGGAGCGUCUAUGAUCCACACGUCCGCGCAGAUGGACAGCUCUGCCCGGCUCCUGCAGACUUCGGAUGCUGAAUUCAAAGAGAAGCCCUGCAGCGUCCGUCUGGUCCUGCCAUCAGAUGACAUCACAUCAGCAGAAGCCGACCCCACACGUGUGGACCACGCCCCUCCUCAGAGGUUGUGCUCUCUGCCUCAGCAACUUUCUGGACUUCAGGAUGAAAGCCAGCGCUUCCCCUCCCUCCCCGAACACCUCGAAAGCCCCACAGAGAUGCAGGAGCUGCAGAGGCACCUCUCUGACCCCGCCCUGCCCGGCAGCUAGGACAACAAUCGCACAGACCAGACGCGCACCGACUCUAUCCUGCUUUCACCACCCUUUUGCCGCUCAGAUGCUGCCGCAGAACUUUACGUCAGAGUUCCGGGUGCCUCUCGUCUCCACAGACUCUGCGGCGUUUUUUACAGGCCGCUGAAGCUCCCGUUCAGGUCAGCACAGAAGAGAUUAUUCCGCGUCUGGAGCCGACACUCUGGAAGUGAAGCUAACUGUUUGACAGACUCAGGAUUUGGAGGAGAAAACUGCUGUGUACUUCAUUUCUGAACAUUUAUCCGCGUGAUCAUGGAUGAUACCAUUCGAUCCAAGUGUGCGAAAAUAUAAAAUUGACGUUAAACCAUGCAGGUAGUAAAUAUAACCACUGAGUGUUUUAGAUUUAGUGUUGUGGUUUCUGUUCAACACACUGUCUGACAAACUGUGAAGGAUGGAGGUUGGAGGCGUGACAGGGACAAAUUAAACUCUCAUCUCAUUUAUCAA